AUGUGUUUGUCGAAGAGCGAGGUGGUGCUGCUGACGAAGCAAUGGCGGAAGGACGACUUUGACUGGUUGUAUAACAUCGGCAAGGAGAUUUACACCGUGGUAUUCGAAAUGUGUCCCCGCGUCAAGUCGUUCUUUCCGUACGUGCUGCAGUGCGACCGAGAGAACAAGGAGUGGCAAGAGAGUCACGAGUUCCGCCGGCAGGCGCUUCGCUUCGUCCAGGUGCUCAGCCAUGCGCUGGAUCACUUCGAGAACGCCAAGUACAAGGCUUCGGACACCGAGCUUCGCGACUUGCUUCGCGGCAUCGGUUUCAAGCACCGUGCCUUCUCGAAGAUUGGCUUUCGACCAACCCACUGGCAGAUAUUCGUCGUUGCCGCCGUCAAGGCGCUGAUGAAGGACGCCGAGUCGCUGGACGUCGAUGACGCCGCAAAGGUGAUCCGCAAGACCGCCUGGGAGAAGCUGACGUCGUACGUCGUGUCCUGCAUGGAAGAGGGCUACUAUAGCGACUCGACCGAGAGACUGGACCGCUGA